AUGGCGUUCUGGGAAGUCACCGUCUUGCCUCUACGGGCCGUCCAGGCCGUAUUCUCCAUCAUCGUGCUCGGCUUAACGGCCUACAUCGUCGAUGCAACCACCGGCCCGUGGUAUUCGUGGUCGCCGGAUAGCGUCAACUUCAUGCUGUUCACUUCGGUCUGGACCCUCCUCGCCGUCGCCUACCUUGUUCUCGCGCCCGCACGCUUCCCCGCCGCCGCCCACAAGUAUGCCAUUGCAGGCGUCGAAGCUGUGACCAUGAUCUUUUGGUUUGCCGCUUGGGUUGCCGUCGCCGCGCUUUGGGGAGACAUUGGGUGUGGGAGCAGGAGCGGCGUGUGCGGUGCCGGAACCGCCGCCAUCGUAUUCGGAGCUUUCAUUUGGCUCGCCUUCGUAGCUACUACUAUUAUCGCCGCGUUGCAUGUCCACAGGACGGCUAGGAAUGACACUACCGCUCCUCCACAGAUGCAGGGCGUCUAA